CUUCUAAAAUAAAUUCAUAUACAUUUUACAUCUCUAUAUAUAUCUCGGCCAAACAGCAAUAGCCUCCAACCAUCAUCACUUCAUCUCUUUCUCUUAAACAAAAUCUUCUUCAGAUUCCAAAUACUACCACUAUUUGUCUGUAAUCAUGGGUUUUCGCUUGCCAGCAAUUGUUCAAGCCAAGCAAGCAAUCCGGCGGGCUCUAUCUACUCCAGUAUCUGUGGAUGUUGUACCCAAAGGCCAUCUUGCAGUAUAUGUUGGAGAAACAGAGAGGAAACGCUACAUAGUCCCAGUUUCAUACUUGAAACAUUCUUCUUUCCAGAGCUUGUUGAACAAGGGAGAAGAAGAGUUUGGGUUUGAUCACCCAAUGGGUGGUCUUACAAUUAUCUGCACAGAAGAAGAUUUUAUUGACAUCACUAGCAGUUUGAAUUGAUCACGAGAUCCAAGGAUGGUGCAUAAAUUUCUAACACAACUGAAAAAAGAAGCCUCAAUUCGACAGUUUUUAGCUUCAGUCUCAUUCAACUGUACAUUCAUGACAUAGAUAGUCAUACAAUUUUAGACGGAAACACAUGUAUCAUACUUCUUUUACUUUAAGAAUACACAAAUUUGAAUCUCUUCUUGUUCCAU